AUGAAGAAGACGCGCAGAGAGAGGCAAGAUGAAGAAGACGCGCAGCGCCUCCAGGAACUCUUCUCUUUGCUUGCCCAAAUCCAAUCCCUAGCUCCUCCAGGAACUCUUUUCUCUGCUUGCCCACUGUCUCUGCUUGCUGAAGAACUCUUGGAUCUGCUUCACCAGGAAAGGGGUGUGGUAAGAUGGACAAGGGGUGUAGAGACAUCAAAGGGUGGUUGUAGUGAUUCAGGGUAUCUGGGUGGUUGUGAAAGGUCGAGUCACAGGGCACCGGCAACAGAGAGUGGGCAUAUGUCGGUCGAACAUAUGGUUAGUCAAAGUAAUGAUGAUAAUGUUGUUGACAUGAUUGCACCGAGGAAAGAAGAUGUUAUGGGGAAAGAGUUUAAAACGAUCGAAUUAGCGGAAGAAUAUUAUAUGAGUUAUGCAAAGGGCAUUGGAUUUAGCGUGAGAAAAGACAAAUUGGUUCGAAAUUCGGAAGGGAAAGUAUGUAGGAGACGGUGGUGUUGUUCUAAAGAAGGUUUGAGAAAUGAGAAGUUUAAUGAUCGAUCAGAUAGAAUUCGACCACCGAAGGCAAUUACAAGAGAGAAUUGUUCUGCCCAUUUUUGGGUGGGUUAUGAGAAGAAACGUGAUGUUUACGUUGUUAGGAAUUUUGAACCACAUCACAAUCAUCAACUAGCUACUCCACUUGAAUCGCCAUAUCUCCGAUGUAACCGUGUCGUUACAAAAUCCGAUUUAGCACAAGCAGUGGGAAUGCGAAGAGCAUUGUUUAGAACAUGUCAAACAUAUGAGUAUAUGGUGGACCAAUGUGGUGGGUAUUUAAAUGUUGGUUUUCAAAUAAAGGAUCUGUACAAUAAGUUGGAUGCAUCACGCAGGGAAAUUUUACUCGACGGUGACACAGAAGCCGCACUCUGUUACUUGAAAGCGAAAGGAGCAAUGGAUCCAGAAUUCUUUUGUAAGUUCAGUGUUGACGAGGAAAAUAGGCUUGGUAAUUUGUUUUGGAGGGACUCCACUUCACUUUUGGAUUACAUUGCCUAUGGCGACGUCCUCAUAUUCGACAGCACAUACAAAACAAAUGUUUAUGACAAGCCCCUAGUGUUGUUUGUCGGUUCGAACAACUAUCGGUCUACUGUAAUGUUUGGUUGCGCAUUAUUGCAGGACGAGACAUUUGAAACUUACAAGUGGUUAUUGGAAACAUUCAUGGCAUCCAUGAAAGAUAAGAAGCCAAUAUCAAUAUUGACGGAUGGCGAUGAGGCGAUGCGUAAAGCCAUUGAUGAUGUGUUUCCCAUGUCUAACCAUCGGUUGUGCUCAUGGCAUGUGUCAAGGAAUGCACAGAAUAACUUGAAGGAUGAUGAAUUGCUGAGAAAUUUUCAGGCAUGUAUUUGGGAACCAUUUGCAUUGGACGAGUUUGAGAAGAAAUGGGAGGUUUUGAGGGAAAGAGCGAGAAAGUUUUUCGGUGGUAUGUGCACCACUCAACGUGUGGAGUCCAUGAACAAGUAUGUGAAAGAUUACUUGAGGAAAGGCGUGAAGUUGUUUGAAUGUAUUCCAGCAAUCGAUAGGGCUAUGUUACGUCUUAGGAAUAACACGGCGAAGGAUGGUUUCAACGCAAAGUACUCAACACCAGUCCUUAAAACCGCAUUGACAAAACUAGAGCAACAAGCUUCUCUGAUUUACACGCAUAGGUGCUUUGUAUUGGUACGUCAUGAGAUCGAAUCUUGUUCAGCACUCACCCAUGAUAAUGUGAUGCAUAAUUUUGGAGGUCGUGUAUACGUAUUGUCCAAAUAUGGUGAACCGCAUAAUAAUUGGACUUGUGUUUACCACGGUGGGGAAAAUAUGCGGAUAGAGUGUGGAUGCCGAAAAUAUGAAAGUGAAGGGAUCCCGUGUUGCCACCUGUUUUAUGUUAUGAAGUGCGAGCACCUUACGGAAAUUCCUCCAGCACUCAUAAUGAAGAGAUGGACAAAGAGUGCCCAAACUGAUACAUGUAUGGAAUUUAUCGGCAAAGGUAAAGACACUACCAACGAAGUUGUAGAAAUGGCGAGGUAUGGAAGUUUAAAUGCUAUGUCAAACAAAGUUUGUUUUUAUGCAUCGAAGAGUGCAGAGGGUUAUGCCAUGUUGAUGAAUGAGUUUAGUAGAUGGGAGGGAAUUUGUGAAGGCUUACGGCAAAAGGAAGAAGAGACAAGUCUGAAAUUGGGUACUGCUGACCAAUGUCCUACAAAUAUUGUGAAAGAUCCAAAUAUUGUUAAGACAAAAGGCACUCAAGCAAGGCAAGGUGGAGCGCGCAAGCGUCGACAAUGUCAUUUGUGUCGCGGAUAUGGACAUACAAAGCGUAAUUGCUCUCAAAGAAACUUGCAUCCAAGUAGAAAUGCAUGUGUCAAUAUCCCAUCAGGUAGUGAAAGCUAUCAGUAUAGUUCUGAUAAAGGGCCGUCCCCGGACAUUAGCUACAGUUAUCCUAGUCAAAUGGUUUCUCAAUGCAGAGGCAACUAUGUGGUUGAUUUGUCUGGUUCUGAUAGUUUUUCUACUGCAGACCCAACCGGUUCUACCCUGAACAGUGACGAUGGUUUCUCAUUCGACAAUGGUGAACCUAAUUCCCUAGGUACUGGUUCAACCCAAAACAAUUGUAGUUUUGGAACUUGGUUUACAUGUAACAAUUAA